AUGUUUCACGCCGCGGUCAACGACAUCAUGCAGACCCUUCGUCUCACGCAGUCGUGUCCGGACGCAGACCUCCUCGCGCAGCCACAAACGAUCGGCCAACGCCGCGACCGAGCGUACUCGACAGAACUCACCCACACCAACCAUGGCGGGAUCGCGGCUUGGGACAACAAGCGUCAGAAGUGCCACAACUGCAAGCAUAUUUAUCUCAAGAGCCUCAGCCCCACCGCGGGCUUCUGCUCCAUGGACUGCAAAUCGAAUGCUAUGUACUUGUACGCGAUGAGCGAAAAGAUCAAGUGUGUCAAGGAGUCUAUCGUGGCCCAGCCAUCGGCGCCGAAAGCUGCCCCGGAGGUUGUGGUCCAAGCACCAAUCAAGGCGGACGAUGACGACGUUUGCUUUGAAUCGGAAAUCGAACCAGAGGACGAGUCGUCCGUGAUGGGAAGCUACUGCCCGCCGUCCACGUUUGCCGAGUUCCACACUCAAAAACUCAAGUGCCGGCCGGUCGAGUGGUCAUUCAGUGCCUUGUAUUAG